AUGGUUAGAUCCUUAAGGUGCAGAAAUUAUGAUUCAAAUAGGAGUGGUGAAACUCUCGCCACAAGAUCUUCGGUUGAUUCUGGUUUCACUUGUCACAGAAGUUCUGGUCGAACAAGACGCGCUUCACAGGCAGGCUGGACAGAAGAAGAGGAUAAACUACUGACUGAGGUGGUACAACAAUUCAAUGGGAGGAAUUGGAAAAAAAUAGCUGAAUACAUAUCUGGAAGGACAGAUGUUCAGUGCUUGCAUCGCUGGCAGAAGGUUCUUAAUCCAGAAGUUGUGAAAGGCCCUUGGACGAAAGAGGAGGAUGACCAUAUAAUUGAGUUAGUUGGGAAGUAUGGAUGUAGGAAAUGGUCUGUUAUUGCAAAGUCUUUACCAGGUCGUAUGGGCAAGCAGUGCCGAGAAAGGUGGCAUAAUCAUCUGGAUCCAGCAGUAAAAAAAGAUGCAUGGACUGAAGAGGAAUCAUCAAUCUUAGCUUAUUAUCAUCAAUUAUAUGGGAAUAAAUGGGCAGAAAUUGCAAGGUUUUUACCUGGAAGGACUGAUAAUGCAAUUAAAAAUUACUGGAAUUGCUCGGUGAAGAAGAGGCUGGAUUUGAAUAUGCCUUGCCUCUCUGCGCUGGAUUUGCAGGGAAUUACAUCUCCUGAUACCUGCAAUGACAAGAAAAAACCAGGACGCCAAGAUUAUUCAGCAGGGCACCAAAACUUUAGCGAAACAGUCUGCCUUGGUCAUAAAAGGGUUUCGUUGAAUGUUGACCGUGCCUGUUCAACAGUUUUAUCCCUUGGAAAUACUAGUUUUGCUAGGGAUCAUUCAGAUUAUCUGAAACCUAGUUUGCUGGGAAAUUGCUUAUCUUCAGAGGAAGGAAUAAAUAAUGUGAUAAAUCCCUUAACUGGAAAUCAUUUUGAUGGAACUGGAAGUGUUACUAGUGAUGGGAUUCGUGAACAGCACAUAGGCAAUGCUAAUCAUGCCAGGUCCCCUUUGUUCACCAACUCAUCAAACCUGACCAUGAAUGCUUGCUAUCGGAACAAAACAGAUUUUACAUCUGACAGAAUGUUCAAGUCUCCUAAAAGGCCCAAGUAUGGCCCAUGUAUAACAGAUGAAAGACUUGAUCGCUCUCCUGUUGGAACCUCAUUAAGCUUGUCUUUGUGUGGGUUAAAUGAAGAGAGUUUUAAGUCGGACAAAAGAAAAACACUCGACCAAACACCUCCUUCUGUGAAUAACAAGGACUACAGUUUCUUGUGUUGUGAGCCACCCCAAUUGUCUGAUUUAGAUAUUUCUAAGUCAAAAGAGAGGAGUGCUAUGCAUGUUAGCCAUCAGCUGGUUCCUUCCUCUUCCUCUUAUCUUUCAUUAAGUAUCUCUAGUAAUGAUAGUAGUCCUGAGUCUUUGUUAAGAAACUCAGCAAUGAGUUACAAAAACACUCCCUCAAUCAUAAAAAGGAAAAUUUACAGACAAGAUGAAAAUGCAAAAAAUUACAGUGCUGUUAGCAGUUCUAUGCGUACAAUUUCAUGUCCUAACAGAAUAUAUACUAGAGGUGCAGACUUUGCAGAGGUGAAGGGUGGUUCCCUUUAUGAGGUUUCUACAUCUGGAACAUCAGUAGCUGGACAAUGCCUGGAAAGACGUCUGGAGUAUGCAUUCGAUCAGGAGUGGGAUCCAACCACUGUUAGAUGUUGUACUCCUGAUUCUCUGACUAUGUGA